CUACAUUGCGCAGAAUCCGAUAAUGAUCGAUUCUUCACCAAAGAAAAAUUGUUAAAGAAAAAAGUAAGAAAAUAAUCCGACAAUAAAUUCCUCGUUGAGAUGAAUCGAGAUACUGUACAAUUCAAAAUAGCACUCUCUUCUUCUUCUUCACUCUGGUUUUCCAAUCCAUGGCGAAGGCCAAGGUCAACUUGGAGGUCGGCGGCGACGGCGUUGCAGUCAUCACCAUCUUUAAUCCACCCGUCAACGCCUUGGCCAUACCGACUGUAGCUAGCUUGAAGGAGAAAUUCGAGGAGGCCGGGAGGCGAAACGACGUCAAGGCGGUCGUUUUGACCGGCAAUGCGGGAAGGUUUUCAGCCGGUUUCGAUAUCAAUGUUUUCGGGAAGGUUCACGAGUCUGGGGAUGUUUUGGUUAUGCCCGAUGUAUCUUUUGACUUUGUGCUCAACACACUUGAAAAUUCGAAAAAGCCUGUUGUUGCUGCCGUCGAAGGACUUGCACUAGGAGGUGGCUUGGAGUUGGCAUUGGGGUGCCAUGCACGUAUUGCUGCUCCAAGAGCUCAACUUAGUCUUCCAGAGCUGUCUCUUGGAGUGAUACCUGGAUUUGGAGGCACACAACGUCUUCCAAGGCUUGUAGGGCUUCAGAAGGCAAUUGAAAUGAUGUUGUCAUUGAAGCCAAUCCUGUCUGAAGAAGGGAAGAAGCUUGGUCUUAUAGAUGCUAUUGUAUCUCCUGAAGAGUUGCUGAAAGUAUCUCGUUCAUGGGCUUUGGAAAUUGCAGACAGACGCAAACCCUGGUUGCGCUCUCUUCACAGGACAGAUAAACUUGGUUCCCUGUCUGAGGCUCGAGAGAUACUGAAAGUUGCCAGACAACAAGCCAGGAAGAAUGCUCCCAAUAUGCCUCAUCACCAAGCAUGCCUCAAUGUGAUCGAGGAUGGCAUUGUUCAUGGAGGAUACAGUGGCCUUUUAAUGGAGGCUAAAGUUUCUAAAGAGUUACUUCUAGCAGACACUGCAAGAGGUCUUGUCCAUGUUUAUUUUGCCCAACGUGCAACAUCGAAGGUGCCCAGUGUUACUGAUGUUGGCCUUAAACCAAGGCAAAUAAAGAAAGUUGCUGUUAUUGGGGGAGGUCUGAUGGGUUCUGGCAUUGCUACAGCCCUUCUCCUCAGCAAUAUAUCUGUGGUUCUAAAGGAAGUCAACUCUGAAUAUCUUCAGAAGGGCAUAAAAAAGAUAGAAGGAAACGUUAAGGGCUUAGUAACUACAAGGGGGCUGACACAGGACAAGGAACAAAAAUCUCUCGCAUUGCUUAAAGGUAGUUUGGACUACUCCGACUUCAAAGAUGUGGAUAUGGUCAUAGAGGCCGUCAUUGAAAGUGUUCCUCUCAAACAAAAAAUCUUUAGUGAACUCGAGAAAGUUUGUCCUCCUCACUGCGUAUUGGCUACAAACACAUCCACUAUUGACCUCAAUGUUGUUGGAGGAAAGACAAACUCUCAUGAUCGCAUUGUGGGGGCACAUUUUUUCAGUCCUGCUCAUGUGAUGCCUCUUCUUGAAAUAGUACGGACAGAGAAGACUUCAGCACAAGUUAUUCUUGAUCUUUUUACCGUUGGAAAAAUAAUAAAGAAAGUUCCUGUUGUGGUUGGUAACUGCACAGGCUUUGCCGUCAAUCGCAUUUUUCCCUAUUUUCACAGUGCCCAUUUAUUGGUCAAUUCAGGAGUGGAUGUGUUCAGAAUUGACAGGAUCAUUAGGGAUUUUGGCCUACCUAUGGGUCCAUUCCAGCUUCAAGACUUGGGAGGCUACGGAGUAGCCCUUGCUGCUGGAAAGGAAUUAUCUCGUGCUUUCCCUGAUCGCACAUUUAAAUCUCCAUUGGUUGAGAUCUUGAUAAAAAAUGGACGAAAUGGUAAAAACAAUGGAAAAGGAUAUUAUAUUUAUGCGAAGGGAAGCAAGCCAAAACCUGAUUUUUCUGUCCUACCUCUUAUUGAGGAAUCUCGACGAGUUACGAAUAUCAUGCCUGGUGGAAAGCCUUUGACUGUUACAGACCAAGAAAUUCUGGAGAUGAUGCUGUUUCCUGCGGUGAAUGAGGCAUGUCGUAUUCUAGAUGAAGGAAUAGUUAUUCGAGCAGCAGACCUUGACAUCGCAUCUGUUCUUGGGAUGAGUUUCCCCUCUUACCGGGGCGGUAUUGUGUUCUGGGCAGAUCAGGUUGGCCCUAAACAUAUAUACGCUAGUCUAAAGAAAUGGUCCGGAUUAUAUGGCAACUUUUUCAAACCAUCAAGGUUUUUGGAAGAAAGAGCAACAAAAGGCUUGCCGCUGAGUGCACCCGCGUCGUCAUCCCCGUCUUCAAGGUCACGCAUUUAAGCAGAAAGAACCCUAUUUUCAACCGGUUUUCGAGCACAUUCAGCAAUCGGGAAAAUAAGUUUCGAGUUCAUCGAUUCCUUGUAAUAUGCAAGGUGGCUAUGGAGAAUUCAUAAGCAGUUGGGGUUUACAAACUAAAAUAUAUUGUUGUCACCUCUCUUUUACUCAUCAUUCUUUCCUUUUGCUUUGUGAAUGAAUAGUUGUAACGUUCGAAAUGGUAAGGACUGUAAUGUAUGGCUAUAAUGUGGCCUCCACUAGCAUAAAGUAUGCUUUCUUAAUUACGACAAUAA